GACCUAGGAACCAAGCCGCAGAGGUGGGGGCGGCAGCGGGUGGCAUGAUGAAACGGCGAAAAUCUAGUGGAGUUUCUGGACUAAGCUCCGGACCGGGAUUGGGCUUGGGCCCAAACUCUGAGGGGCUGCUGGACGCGGCCCUGGGCCUGAACCAGGAAGAAGAACUUAAUUUAGAGACCGAGAAAGAGCCGAAUCAAGAGCUAGAGCCGGAACCUGUAGGAGAAAGCAAAGAGGAGGAGCCGGGCGCCAACCUGAUGCCGCCUCCCCUUCCUCAGCCUCGGAUCUGCUUGUGGAAAUACCUGGAUGUACAUUCCAUGGACCUACUGGAGAAAACCACCACCUUGGAAGAGAUGCAGGAGUUGCUGGCAGAACUGCUAGGCCUGGGGAAGACAGACAGGAGCCCUAGGGAGGCAGUGAUACUGGAUAUGUUUUGCCACACCUUGAUCUUCUGCCGGCAACAGCACUUCUCUCCGGAGCAGACCUCAGCGGCUUGUGCUCUGCUUCAGGACCUCCACAAGGCCUGUAUUGCAACCCCCUUGGGCAACGUGGAAGACUGUUUCCGAUUUUUCACCAGCCUCCUCUUCUGCCAUGGAGUCAGGAGGCCCCCCUUCAGCAUUGAUCUAUUUGGAGAAGAACAGCUGUUGAGCCUAUCAGAUUACAUCAUCAACACCUACUUUCGUCAUUUUAAGCUCUACAAGUAUGUCUUCACCCCCCAGGUGCGGUUAGACUUGUCUUUGCGAUAUGUAGGUCUGCCUGAAGUAAAGCCCUCAGCAGAUGUACAAGAGGAAGAAACAGUAGUGGAGACAGUGUCGCCUGUUCCAGAAGAGCCAGAACCAGAAAUAAAACCUGAGCAAGAGCCAAGUCCGGGCGACAUACUGCGAAAUUUUAUCUCAGCCCAGCUUACCCAGGAGCUGGGGCAACUCAGGCAGUUGGUGGAGGAGCGGCUGAAGGCUGGCGAGGAGCAGCUCAAUAGCAGGCUGGUUGCCCUUGAGAAUCCCACCUUGGUCUCCAAGAGCAAAAACAAAGCCAAGUGACCCCCGGGGUAUUUACCCAAAUAAAAGCCUGGGCCAGAAGUACCCUAUCCCUUCCCCCCAGGUCCCCUUCUGAGCACCUUCUCACUCCACCUUGAGACACAGCUUGUUUCCCAGUGUGCAGGAUGAUUUAUUUCACAUGAAAAAUGGACAGCAACAGCAAAGAUGUGAAUAUCACCCUCAGCUGGUCCCUUUUCCUUCCAUUCAAGUCCUGUAGUCCUGAGCAACAGGGAUGGGGGCAUAGAGCUGGUCCCCUUUACAGUAGCAUCAUUACCAGAGAGCACAAGAGAAGGGAAGAAUGCCUUCGGCCAGAGUCCAAGGUGACCGAGUGUAUUGAAGCCCUCAGAUUGGGAAACCUGGACUUCCCAAGGCUCUUGGGCUGGGAAGCAGACUUCUGGGAGCCCCAGGAUGGAGGUCUUAACUAUGCAACAAUAGAUUCAUCAUCAGCGUUGGUUGGAUCUCCCUCCUCUUCUGGAUUGUAGCCCAAGUAUGGGCCAGGAGGCCGGUGUUGGAAGAGGGCAGCCCUGUUCUGUUGCUCACCCUUCUUUACCCAGUGUCCAUAGAGGCGGAAGGCACAACUGUCAAUGAGUUGCCUCACUGGUCGAAGCCCAUAUGGGUCUCCUAAAAGAGCUCCCUUGCUCAUGGGCCUUACCCGGCGAGUGCUCAAGGCUACUCGGCCUGCAGCCAACACUGUCCAUACUGCUACCUGAGGGAAAAAGAGAAAAACAAGAUCACGGACACACUAAAAGUAGGAGUUGAGACUUGUGAAGGAUAGUUGGGUCCCAGGGAAAUGGUGUCAUCUCUCUAUCCCCUAGGUCCAAGGGAAGGGUAAAGUGACAUAGACACAGGGUAGUAGUGGUAGUACAAGUAGUGUCUUGUAAUAUUUUCUCUCUGUUCCUUACCCUGAAUCGCUGGAGGGGAGAAAGGCUCCAGGCCUGGCUACCCUCACAGCGCUGGAAGAAGGGAUGCUGCAGGGCCUGCUCUGCAGUCAGUCUUUCCUCAGGAUCCACCUGGAGCAGCCUUGAGAUCUAAGAGAGGGCAGGAGCCAUGAGACACUUCUUCCCCUGACUCCUGGACUGCAACUCCCCUCUGCUUUGAGCCUUCCAUCUACUCACCAGGUCUUUGACAGUUGCCGAUCGGUCAUCCCAUUCUGGUGACCUGAACUGGUAUCGGCCCUCCAUGAUCAGUCUUAGCAUUAGGAUCUGGCGUCGAUGCCAGAAUGGGGGAGAGCCAGCCAGGAGUGUGAACAGGAUUACCCCACAGGCCCAGCUGUGAAGGGAAGAAGAUCACAUUCAGGAUGGGGGUGGGGGGGGAGGAAUGAAAUGGGAGAAAGAAGACCAAUCAAGUAACUAGUUACUCACAGGUCAACUUCCUUGCCAUAGCCAGGGUGGGUUUCAUCCAUGGAGCACUUCAGAAUCUCUGGGGCCAAGUAUCCUGGGGUCCCACACAAUUCUGGAGAGAUGAGGACACAUGUUAGGGAUACUGCUAACAUCUUACUACUGGCCCCUGGAGCUUGAAUUACUAAAACUCCUAGCUAGUUUUCCUACCCCUAGGCUUUCCCUCUCCUCCAAUCCAUUAUAUUUGUAGCUAUUGAGAGGAGUCUCAGAUACCAUUUUCCUUUUAUUACCCUCCCAGCUGGCCUCCUGUUCACAUAUUUGAUCAAAUCCACAAUUUCUUUAACUAGAUAGACAUCAAGGCUUUCUGCAGCCAUGCCUUUUUAUUCACCAAUACAACUCUACAACUUAAGUCAACCAAAUCUGUUUACAAUCGCACACGUAAAUUUGCUUGUUUCUAACCUGCAGUGCAUUUUUUCUUGGAAAACACUAGCCCUUUUCUCCACCAAACCAUUAAAUCACACCUCUUUCUAAAUCUACUUCCUCUGUGAAGGUUUCCCUAGUUACCAGCACCAUUCCACACUCUCCAAAUCUUCAAGGACCCGAUGUGUAUAAGUCAUUAACAUUAAAAUUGGAAUGUCUGGGGAACGUGGUAUAACAGUGAAUUCUUUUUUCUUAGCUAAUAAAAGAUCCUUGUUUUAAA